UCCCAGGGCUCCAUCUUAGCUUAGGCACCAAGUCUUCCACAACAUAAUUUUCUCAUGUUAAUCCCACGACUCUUCGCAACGACGAUGCGAUUGAAUCGUAGCAUAAGAAUAUGCGAUUGAAAUUCCGGAUCGGGUUUGAGAUACUUUUAAUAUUACGAUGAGGUUCAAUGAGAAUAUCGCUGUCUCGACCGAAAAGGUCCUUCUUGUACCUUACGAUGCGCACCAUGUCCCACGAUACCAUCAGUGGAUGGAGGAUCCGGCCAUCCGUGAAGCCACAGCUUCAGAACGUCUCUCCCUAGAUGAGGAGUACGAGAACCAGGCAUCAUGGCGCGAGUCACCAGAUAAACUCACAUUUAUUUUGUGCGAGCCGCUACUGCCACAGGAUCCAGCGCCUAUAGUAGUGGCAGGUGUAGAUGAUGCGCCGACAAAAAUGAUCGGGGAUAUUAAUCUGUUCCUUACACCGUGGGAUGAUGAUGAAGAUGAGCAACAAGGACAGGAACCAGAGAAGGGAGAAAAGACAUACUACACAGCCGAAGUCGACAUAAUGAUCGCGGACUCAUCUCACCGCGGCAAGGGAAUCGGGCGCGCGGCUGUGUCGACGUUCUUAGUGUUUGUGCGACGGCAUCUUGAUGCUAUCUUAGCUGAGUAUGCUAACGCCGACAAUACUGCCACCACAACUACUCCUACUUCUACUCCUGCGCUACGAGAAGUCGUAGCUAAGAUUAAUGCGAGUAAUACUGGCAGUAUCGCGUUGUUUAAAAGCCUAGGGUUUGUGAAGAAGGGAGAUGUUAAUUACUUUGGCGAGAUACGGAUGGUGCUUGCGGACUUCGAGUUUGCGUCAAAGGGGAAUGGGGGGAAGAAAACUUGGGAGGCUGCGCGGGAGGGGAUGUAUUGGGAGUGCGCGUUUGAUAGGUCAAGGUUGGGUACGGACUCGACAGGAUGAUGCCGAGGAUUGAUACCUUGAUGGGCUUCAUCAACAGUGAGUACUGCCUCAAUACCUACAACACGAGAAAUCGCACUAGUAUUGCAUUUCUCAAAGUUCUUGAUAUCAAGGAAUCCCUCUAGCGUCUUUUUUUUUUUUUUUUUUUUUACAAAUCUACUGAGGUCACGAAUCGUGCUGAUACUUUUCGCAAAAGUAUACAACUGUAGAGGAACGUAC